UUUAUUCUCUCUGAAUUUCCGAUGCUUAAGUUAAUUUCUUUGUUAUUUGCACAAUUCGCCGGUAGUUGAUUUUUAGGGAGGUAUGUCUUUGCCAGCCGAUUAUUAUCUCCCACCUAGUGCUCGGAGGAUUCAUAUAAAUUCUCGAUGAUCCUGCGUAGCUCCGCUUAGUGAUUUUGGACGAGUGAGAGAACAUUUUUGGAUAAAUACGAUUCAAUUGUGUAAAAUAAAAAAAAAUGAAUGAAAAUUUAAUACUUAUCUGUGCUUCUCUAAUCGUCACGCAACUCGUCAUAAUUCAUUGUGACGAAAAUAUAGAUUGGACUACUGUUCACGAUGAGUUGAGAAAAUUGGCUGGAAAUCUGCGUAAGAAGUGCACCGGUGAAAUUGGCAUAACAGAAGAUAUAUUAGAAGAAGCAGAACUAGGUAACUUUCCAGAGGACAACAAUAAAUUGGCAUGUUACUUCAAGUGCGUUAUGGAAAAGGGAGGAGUGAUGAAAAAGGAUGGCAAGAUCAAUUAUAAACUUUUGGCCAAAAUGAUGCCGGCGGCAUACAGACACAUUGGACAAGAGAUGCUCGAUGAAUGCCGCGAUAUAAGUGGUAAAGACAAGUGUACCAUAGCUCUCAACUUCAACAAAUGCAUGCACUUGGCAAAUCCUGUGGCGUACUUUGUCAUCUGAAUAUUAAUAAUGUAAAGAAAUAAGAACCCAAAGUAUUAUCCAUAAGUCUAACAAAAUAAAGUACUGAAAAAUCA